AUGGCUUCAAUAACCAGUAAGUUGUAUUUUCAUAUUAUUAAAAGAAAUAAUGACGAAUUUGAAUUAGCGGGCAUAUCGGAAAAUAAAGAAACAUGGUAUGUCCUACCUGAAGAGAUGAAAGAUUUAAGUUUGCACGAAACUCUAUCUACGAAGCGAGCAAUAAUAAAUACAAUUAAUUCUAUCAAACGUAUCAACGGUUAUCGCAAAAUUUGCAUCAAACUCGAUGAUGAAUUGAGAAAAGAAUAUUACGACGAAGACGAAAAUCUAUGUUUUUUAGAUAAUAUGUUAGAAGAAAAAAUUAUUGAUAAUAAACAUAGAGAUGAACCAGAUGACAAUUUUUUAAAUGAACGAAUUAAGGAAUUAGAAGCUAAGCUAAGUCUGAUUGAUAACUUUAAGCUGCAAGACGUUGAAAAAAAAUUUAUUCUGGAAAAAUUCAACAAAAAGCAAAACCCUACUGAAUGGAUAGAGAAAUUUGAAAAUGAAUGUAGAAGGCAUAAAAUACUGAAUCCUACUAAUUUCAUAGAAGCAUUACGCUUCUUUUUAUCUGGGUCACCGGAAGAUUGGUACGAAUCAAAUUUAAAAAAGAUCGGCUUAACUAAUUGGUCAGAAUGGAGAAAGUCCUUUCUGACCAUUUUUGCAGAUAGAGGUUGA